GCGACAGAGUCUGAACCAGAAAGCACCAAUGUCACUGGCGGCGUGGCGCCGCCAAACAGUGACCGAGAAGAGAAUUCUGUGCAUCGGCAGUCAUUGUGGUCCGCUAUGUCGCAGCUGUCCCCUGGAACCAAAAGGCUGCUUGCAUUAGGGGGACUGGCCGCGAUGCAUUUCGCCCUCCGGCCUACUGCACCUACUCAUUGGACCAUGUGUGAUCCAACAGUAGACAGGGCCACCAGAGGGUCUAUCGUAGAGAAUCUCACCAAUACAGUUCGCGACUUGUGGCAGCCAAGAGGGAGUAUCUACAUCACGCCUAAUCGAUUUGAGAGUCCUAGCUUAUUAUACGACGGUUCCGAUGGACCGCCGCCUUCCUUUCUGACCAAGGUGAGGGGUGGCUCAAGCUUCAAAUUCGAUACAGAGAUCCCCUUCGUCAAGGAUGACGGGACAGUCGGCACUUACAAGAGAAGUUGUACCGUCUAUCAUGAUGGAGAACCCACUCGGCUGAGCCAGGUCAUGCUUCCUUCACGAUAUGGGAAGGUAGGCGCAGCCAUACCUGUGUCGCCUGAUAUCUUUGGCUCUGGUCGAAUUUCUUGCUCAUCAAGUUCAACUCAGAUUGAGAACCAUGUGAGAGAUGGCCGAGUUCGCGUUCGAUGAAUUGAUGAUGUGCAUGCAAGUAAUUGACUC